UCUUUUCAGCUCCGUGUGCACCUGGGAGCUCACAGCACAGGGGGCCAGUGCGUUUUUGGAAAUGAUCAUUCUUUCCCCGUAUGGAGACAGACUGACUGUGAUCUGGACCGGCUCAGCAGACUCAUUUGAACAAGGGAGUUCAUUUUUUUUGCUUGUAGUCGAAGCCUAAACUAAAGUGGCCAAUGCCAGCGAUUCCCCUGCAUGCAAUGGGCUGGUGUGCAGGUGAGCUAACGUGAGAACAGGAUCGUCACCGCUCCGGUGCCUUCGCACAUGGGAACCGAGUCACAAGACCGUAUCCCCCGUUUAACAGUUUGAACUCCGGGACACCAAAGCAUGUCGAGAGACAGCAUGACAGCCGUGCGAGGAGCCCACUCACCCAGUACGAGCCCCGCGUCAUCCAAAGAAAAUGGACAUAUUGCGCCGAGCCCUGCUCAGCCCAGCGACAACUUUGCCCAUCUCUCAGCGGGGAACAUACCGGAUGACACCCCGGUGUCCUCGACCAGCGAGCUGACGCAGACAUGGGUUGACUUUGCUAAAACAUUUGUUCUUAUUUUUCCAAUUUACGCCCUGGGCUAUUUUGAGUUCAGCUUCAGCUGGCUGUUGAUGGGACUUGCUAUCUUGUUCUGGUGGAGGAGGAACACGGGAGGGAAGCACAGCCGACUGAGCCGAGCUCUGGCUUUCUUUGAGCAUGAGGAGAGAAGUGUCAAGCAGAGUCUUACGACCUCGGAUUUACCACCGUGGGUGCACUUCCCAGAUGUAGAGCGAGUGGAGUGGCUAAACAAGACAGUGAAACAGAUGUGGCCCUACAUCUGCCAGUUUGUGGAGAAACUCUUCCACGAGACGAUCGAACCGGCGGUGAAGGAGUCCAACUCCCACCUCAGCACCUUCUGCUUCAGCAAAAUUGACAUAGGAGACAAACCCCUGAGGGUCAACGGGGUCAAGGUUUAUUCAGAGAACGUGGAUAAGCGACAGAUCAUCAUGGACCUACAGAUAAGCUUUGUUGGCAACACAGAGAUUGAUGUUGACAUCAAACGCUACUACUGCAAAGCUGGCAUUAAGAGCAUCCAGAUCCACGGUGUGUUGAGAGUGGUGAUGGAGCCGUUGCUGGGUGAUAUGCCUCUUGUUGGAGCACUGUCUCUGUUCUUCCUCAAGAAGCCCCUUCUGGACAUAAAUUGGACCGGCCUCACGAAUCUGCUGGACAUUCCAGGGCUCAAUGGCCUCUCUGACAGUCUGAUUCAAGAUAUAAUCUACAGUUAUUUAGUUUUACCCAACCGUGUCACCAUUCCUCUGGUCGGGGAUGUGGAACUUGCCAAGCUACGCUUCCCUAUGCCAAAGGGAGUCCUGAGGAUCCACUUUUUGGAGGCGCAGGAUCUGGAAGGGAAAGAUACAUUUCUGGGAGGGCUGAUCAAGGGCAAAUCUGACCCAUACGGCGUCCUGCAGAUCGGCAACCAGCUGUUCCAGAGCAAAACGGUGAAGGAGAGCCUUCAUCCCAAAUGGAAUGAAGUUUACGAGGCACUGGUGUACGAGCACUCAGGUCAACAUCUUGAGAUUGAGGUGUUUGAUGAGGAUCCAGACAAAGAUGACUUCCUGGGAAGCCUCAUGAUUGAUUUGACUGAGCUGCACAAAGAACAGAAGGUUGAUGAGUGGUUUGACCUGGAAGAAGCACCUACUGGGAAGCUACACUUAAAACUGGAGUGGCUGUCUCUGCUCUCCACUCCUGAGAAGUUGGACCAGGUGUUACGAAGUGUGCGAGCAGACAGAAGCCUGGCCAAUGACGGGCUGUCGUCAGCACUGCUGGUGAUCUAUCUGGACUCAGCAAAGAACCUGCCUAGUGUCUUCACCGGCAGCUUAGGCUGUGGAAACUUAAGUGAGAGGAGAGCAUCUGGCCUAGUCUUUUGUGAGAGCAAUACUUCAGAGUAUAGAACAAUACUUUGUGCAAAAAAGACCAGCACUGAACCCAGCCCUUACGUCCAAUUCACUGUUGGACACAAAACACUUGAGAGUAAGAUCCGAUACAAGACCAAGGAGCCUCUGUGGGAAGAUUGUUUCUCAUUCCUUGUUCACAAUCCCAGGAGGCAGGAGAUGGAAGUAGAGGUAAAAGAUGACAAGCACAAAUGCACUCUGGGUAACUUGACAGUGCCUUUGAGCAGCCUGUUGGUGGAGGAGGACAUGACGCUGACUCAAUGCUUUUCUCUCAAGAACUCCGGGCCAUGCUCCACCAUCAAACUUAAAAUGGCCUUGAGGAUUCUGUCCCUUGAGAAGCAGGUAUCCUCAGACCAGCCUUCCUCCGUCCAGGUCAGGAAAUCCAGUGUGCCACAGCCAAACACAGCCCCCUCCCAGAGACAGUCAGCCUCAGAUUCCCCGCUGCCUCCACCCACACCACCACCCCCUAUAGAUGCUUCCACCCUAACCCUCCAGCACAGGGACGGCGAGCCGUACUCUGCCAGCCCUCUCCGCAGUAUCUCGAACCUGAGCACCCGCAUGUCUAGUUCCCAGAAACACCUGCCUCAUAAGGAGUCCACACCCAGCCUGGCCUCGGAUAUCUCCCUGCCCUUUGCCACUUUGGAGCUUCAGCAAAGGCUUCGUCAGCUGCAGAAUGGCUCGGCUUCCGGCCAGUACCCCCUGGGUGAGGUCCAGCUGACUGUUCGACACAGCUCCCAGAGGAACAAACUCAUUGUGGUAGUGCACGCCUGCCGUAACUUGAUAGCUUCCACCAAAGAGGGCUCAGAUGCCUUCACCCGCCUCUAUUUGCUGCCUGACAAGAGCCGGACAGGGAGGAGGAAGACCAGCACAAUGAAGAGGACCCUUAACCCUGUUUAUGAUCAAACGUUUGAAUUUAGUGUAUCUAUGGUGGAGCUCCACAGGCGAACUCUGGACGUAGCAGUGAAGAAUGGAGGAAGCAUCCUGUCCAAACACAGAGGGCUCUUGGGAAAGGUGUUGGUAGAUUUAAGUGGGGAGGAUAUAUCAAGAGGAUGGACGCAGUGGUAUAAUUUGAGUGAAGAUGGAUUGUCAACUCAAGGCAUUACAAGUAUUCAGGACUCUCUCCUCACAUUGUGAAACCACAUUUCGGUUGUAAUAUAGUGAUCUUGUUCAUCCAAGGGCACAUCAUAGUGUUGUUGUCAUGUUUAUUUUUUAAUAUAGUUCACAGGAAUUGUUUCUGCAUGUAAGUUUUUCAAAUAUUUCCUUUUAUUAUUUCACUAAUGGUCAUGAUUUAACGAUAUUUUCACAUAUUGUAAUGAAACACACAAACUCUGUUUUAUGUAAAUAUUGAGUUGCUUAUUCAUAGUUACCAGAAUUUGCCGGGGCUUUUCAUGAAAUUAUAUUUCCUUAAAGGAAAUGAUGUUGAAAUCUGUGUAAAUGUAUUGUUUUUUUUGUCCGGUUUGUUAGAAUGGAACAAAUUUUUCAUGUGUUAAAAGUCUUUCCGAAGGAACAGAUGCAAUCACUUUGGCUUGCAGUCUUGACUUUUUUUAUCUUUCUUCAUGAAGUGUUAUUUGAUUGUUUAUCUCUUAUUGUUCUUUAUGCUUGAUUACAAACAUGGAAUGCAUAUAUAGAAUGAAUGAAAUGAUAGUCUUGUAUAUUUUAGGAGGACUUUGUGCAAUAUUGGUUGUUCUGAAUAUUGUCUCAGAUACUAAAAACUUGAGGGCAUUUUAGGGCUAUGAAUAAAUGCUGUAUAAUAUGAAUAAAGGAUACUUGAAUAAGGCUUAGAUUGUUGUUCAAACCAAAUGAGCAAACUGAAAAAUAUGGAACAGAAACAACAAUUAUUUUAUGAGCGUGUGUGUGUUUUGCCAUGCAGUUGUAACUGUUUGUCUGAGCUUUUGAAUAUGUUCUUGUUAUAUAUCCUGUGCCUUAAAAACUCUACUAAU